AUGGCGCAGCCGCAGACGUCACCCCGAGAUGCGGUGCAGAGCUACCUCGAUCUUCUACGGCAGCUUGACAGCCCAAUUGAGAUUUUAACGAUUCGGCCUCUGCAGAACGAGAUAACGCUGUCUUCCGAAGGCUCUGCCCGCCCUGCCAUCAUACCAUUCGUGGACGGCGACGCGUGGGCUUUCGCCGUGGCGUACCCUGAUUGCGUUCACUGGUAUGACAGCAGACGCGGCAGACAUGUUGCAUCGCUAUCAUCACCUGAUGAGCGCAUAAUGACGAAUCACUGGACCGGGCCUGUACACGAGAGAGACGAAGAUUCCAGCAUCUUCAUGCUGAUGGGUAUCCGAUGUAUCCAGCGUGGCUGCCCGCACAUCCUUCAAGAGACUGCUGUCAACCUGGCCUCCCAUCUGCGUGCACGGGUCGUGAUCGAACUUCUCUGCGAAAAGAUAGACCCAUCCAAGCAAUCUCCUGCUCUGUCGAUUGCGGAGCCCGAGGAUGUCUUCGUUCCACCGCCGGUCGACUUCGGCUGCAGCCCCCCACCCGCCACCGCUUCUCUGGUACAGCCCGCAUGCAAACGAGUCUGGCAGGAGAGUGGCUGCAACGUGGCCGAUGCCAGGACAAUCCUCGCAAACCUCAACGAGGCGUCCUUGGCUACGCGUGCCGUGGUUCGGGCGGCGGGUACACCUCUAGACUUCUUGUGGUUGCUAGUGCAGAACAUGUCAUCGACAAGCGCAUUCCACGACCGACUCAAUUCCACUCUCUUCUAUGAGGAGAUGGCGCGUCAUCAAACAGAUAACGAUGUCAAAGAAGCGAUGAAGCAUCCGAUCGAUGUUCGAGACAUGCGCAUCGUGCAGGCACGCUGCAAGUUUUGGAAGGACAUCUGCGAGCUACGCAGCGAGUGGGAAGAAGACAAAUAUGUUUUGCUGCUGGCCUUUCCGAGAGCGGUGACCGGGCGGACUGGCCGGGCGCGGCAUAUCCACGAACUAGAACAGAGGCUGGAUGAUCGUGACGACCGGCUUCGGCAGUAUCUCCAUGCUGCGCGGGACCUGUGCCGCGCCAUCCUCCACAAUUUUCUCCCUCGCGAGAGUCUCAUGAUAGAUAUCUACCAUCUGAAGCAGCAUGAGCCUUUGUCUGACGAGAUCAAGGCGACGCUUGCCAUAAGCAUGGCGCAUCGGCUCAUCAUUUCGCGCGAAGGCUUAACAAGCGAAUCAGAUAGAUAG